UCUGUCAGCCGCGCUUCGGCGGCUCCCCCAGUGUAAACAUUACCAAAUGAGGAGAAAAGGAAGAUGUCAUCGAGUAUCGGCAGCAAGGCAUUCUUCUUCACCAUGCAGUAUUAAACACUCCCCCACACGAGAAACAUUGACAUAUGCUCAAGCUCAAAGAAUGGUUGAAAUAGAAAUUGAAGGUCGUCUGCAUAGGAUCAGUAUCUUUGAUCCUUUAGAGAUUAUAUUAGAAGAUGAUCUUACAGCCCAGGAAAUGAGUGAAUGCAACAGCAAUAAGGAGAAUAGUGAAAGACCACCAGUUUGUCUGAGAAGCAAACGGCAUAAAAAUAACAAAGUGAAAAAGAAAAAUGAAGCUCUUCCGAGCUCACAUGGUAUACCUGCUACAACAACUCCUCUUCCAGAACCAAAAGUACGGAUUGUUGAAUACAGUCCCCCUUCAGCUCCUCGGAGACCCCCAGUUUAUUACAAGUUCAUUGAGAAGUCAGCAGAAGAACUUGAUAAUGAAGUUGAGUAUGACAUGGAUGAAGAAGAUUAUGCGUGGUUAGAAAUAAUAAAUGAGAAGCGGAAAAGUGAUGGAGUGUCAGUUGUUUCACAAAAUAUGUUUGAAUUCCUUAUGGACAGGUUUGAAAAAGAGUCUUAUUGUGAGAACCAAAAACAGGGUGAUCAUCAGUCUUUAAUUGAUGAAGAUGCGGUGUGUUGUAUAUGCAUGGAUGGUGAAUGUCAGAACAGCAAUGUAAUUCUAUUUUGUGAUAUGUGUAAUUUAGCAGUACAUCAGGAAUGCUAUGGGGUGCCAUAUAUACCUGAGGGCCAGUGGCUCUGCAGACACUGUCUGCAGUCCCGUUCUCGGCCUGUAGACUGUGUGCUGUGCCCAAACAAGGGAGGUGCCUUUAAAAAGACUGAUGAUGAUCGUUGGGGACACGUUGUGUGUGCUUUGUGGAUUCCAGAAGUUGGAUUUGCCAAUACAGUUUUUAUUGAGCCAAUUGAUGGCGUGAGGAACAUUCCCCCAGCCAGAUGGAAGUUAACAUGCUACCUCUGUAAACAGAAAGGUGUUGGUGCCUGCAUCCAGUGCCACAAAGCAAACUGCUAUACUGCAUUCCAUGUGACAUGUGCUCAAAAGGCUGGUCUAUAUAUGAAAAUGGAACCUGUGAAAGAACUAACUGGCAGUGGGACGACGUUCUCUGUAAAAAAGACUGCCUAUUGUGAUGUACAUACUCCACCAGGUUGCACACGGAGACCUCUAAAUAUUUAUGGAGAAACUGAAAUCAAAAACGGUGUUUGUAGAAAGGAGGGAUCACUCAGAACUGCUAGGUCAACAUCAAAAGUCAGAAAAAAGACAAAAAAAGCCAAGAAAACAGUGGUUGAACCCUGUACAGUUAUGCCAACAGUAUCUGCUCCUUAUAUACCCCCCCAGAGAUUAAAUAAGAUUAUGAAUCAGGUGGCCAUUCAGCGGAAGAAGCAGUUUGUUGAACGAGUGCACAGUUACUGGUUGCUUAAAAGGCUGUCUAGGAAUGGUGUUCCUCUGUUGAGAAGGCUGCAGUCCAGUUUACAGUCACAAAGAAACACACAACAGAGAGAAGAUGAUGAAGAAAUGCAAGCCUUAAAAGAAAAGUUGAAGUACUGGCAAAGGCUGCGUCACGAUCUGGAAAGAGCACGUUUGUUGAUUGAACUUAUACGUAAGCGUGAAAAAUUAAAAAGAGAACAGGUCAAGAUUGAGCAGGUUGCUAUGGAACUUCAGCUUACUCCAUUCACUGUACUUCUGCGAUCAGUUCUGGAUCAGCUGCAGGAAAAGGAUUCCGCUCGUAUAUUUGCUCAGCCAGUGAACCUUAAAGAGGUUCCAGACUAUUUGGAUCAUAUUAAACAUCCUAUGGAUUUCUCUACCAUGCGAAAACGGUUAGAUGCUCAAGGCUAUAAAAACCUCAGUGAGUUUGAAGAAGACUUCAAUCUUAUCAUAGAUAACUGUAUGAAAUACAAUGCAAAAGAUACAAUAUUCUAUAGAGCUGCAGUGCGGUUGAGAGAUCAAGGAGGUGUAGUUCUCAGGCAAGCUAGGCGAGAUGCUGAAGGAAUCGGUUAUAAUAAUGAAACUGGAAUGCACUUACCUGAACGGCCAAAACUUGAGUCACCCCAGCCUUUCUCUUGGGAAGAUGUGGAUAGGUUACUGAAUCCUGCAAACAGAGCACAUAUGUCCUUGGAAGAACAGCUAAGAGAGUUGCUAGAGAAACUUGAUCUCACCUGUGCAAUGAAAUCCAGUGGGUCAAGGAGCAAAAGAGCAAAGCUGCUAAAGAAAGAAAUCAGCGUUAUUCGCAACAAACUAAGUCAGCAACACAACCAAGUUCCUCAAAUAGAAUCAGGUAUUGGAAGUUUUGAAGAAGAAAGUACAACAUUAGAACAAGAUGGAGAAGAAGAAGGAGAUAAAUCUCCCCCUAAACUUGAACCAUCAGAUGCAUUACCUCUUCCUUCAAACUUGGAGACUAAUUCAGAACCACCAACCCUCAAACCAGUAGAACUCAAUCCAGAGCAGAGUAAGCUUUACAAAAGAGUAAAAUUUGAUAAUGAAUUAUAUAGCACUUCCAUUCAGAAAGAAAUAAAUGGACACACUCCAGAACACUUACUUGACAGUAAUCUCAAUGAGUCGACUGUUUCUGCUGUAGCUGAGUCAUCAACUGAUGUAAACAGACGUACAUCCAUUCUCUUCUGCAAAUCGAAAAGUAUAAGCCCCCAAAAGUCUGCAAAGAACACUGAAACCCAGCCAACUUCUCCACAGCUAGGGACCAAAACCUUUUUGUCUGUAGUCCUUCCAAGGUUGGAGACACUUCUGCACCCAAGGAAAAGAUCAAGGAGUGCAUGUGGAGAUUCUGAGGUUGAUGAUGAGUCCCCUGUAAAGCGCUUGGACACAGGUAUGUCAAAUGGUUUUGGAGAUGGAAGUAAAGAGAGAGCAUUAGAUGAUACUCCAGGAAGAAAAGUUGAACCUCGUCGCCGCUGUGCAUCAGAAUCUAGUAUUUCAUCUAGUAAUAGUCUCUUGUGCAACUCAAGUUUCAGCCUGCCAAAGUGUGGUAAAGGUAAACCUGCACUUAUACGAAGACACACACUCGAAGACCGAAGUGAAUUGAUAUCAUGCAUUGAAAAUGGAAACUAUGCCAAAGCAGCAAGAAUUGCAGCUGAAGUUGGGCAUAGCAGUAUGUGGAUUUCAACUGACGCUGCAACAUCUGUUCUGGAGCCUCUAAAAGUAGUAUGGGCCAAAUGCAGUGGAUAUCCCUCAUACCCAGCUCUGAUUAUUGAUCCUAAGAUGCCUCGUGUUGCUGGCCAUCACAAUGGUGUUACUAUACCAGUACCACCUCUGGAUGUGCUGAAAAUCGGAGAACAAAUGCAGACCAAAUCAGAUGAGAAGCUGUUCUUAGUACUGUUUUUUGACAACAAAAGAAGUUGGCAAUGGCUUCCCAAAUCCAAAAUGGUUCCCCUUGGGAUAGAUGAAACCAUAGACAAGUUAAAAAUGAUGGAAGGCCGUAACUCAAGCAUACGAAAAGCAGUAAGAAUUGCUUUUGAUCGUGCUAUGAAUCAUCUGAGUCGAGUCCAUGGAGAACCAGUCAGUGACUUCAGUGAUAUUGACUAACAGAGAUUCUACCAAGGCAUGAAAAAUAAAUACCACACAAACUCAAACUUUACUAAUGAACCUCUUUGUCUAAAGAAUGUAUUGAAGAUACAACCCGUUAAUUGUUGAUUCAGUGGCUGAGUUCUGCAAACUUGAAAUAGUUGAGCAAUUCUUCUAACUCACCAUUGCCAUACUGGUUAUUGAUUUUAUUGUGUUGUAGCUUGGAGGAUUUUCCACUA